UAAGGUCGUCAUUCAGUAGCUGGGCUUCAAGAAUGCACAGAGUUCAAAUACUGGUAUAGUCCUAACUCAAUGCAGCUGCCUGCACCUUUGCUUUGAUUGCCUGCAACAUCCCUUAGCGCUUACGACCCCGCAACGCCCAUCUUAAUAGCCCAUCAAAGGAGCGCGUACACCAGGACGAUCGCCAUGAUGAACAGGGACAUGCUUAAGCUUCGAAAGGAUCCAACCAUCCCGCCAUCCGCCGCCACUGUCACGCCAUUGAAUGCAACUGCAGUCUCAGGAAGAGGAAGCGGCUCUCGAAAUCGCACUUCGCCGAAAGGAUCACGAUCGGGAUCAGGGUCGGUAUCGGGACAUGCUUCUUUAGCCGCUGCGGCUGCAUCGUCGACUUCAGCAACAUCGAAUCACUCUGCUCCCUCAACCUUGGUUGCAGCCGCGUCCACAACAGCAGGGACGUCGGGUUCUGCCUCGACAAAUGGCUCUAGCUUGGGUGUCAGCCAAGGCGGUCCUAACCAAGGCACAGGGGCUGGUUCAGGAUUAUCGGUAAUGCAAGGAAACGGACAUUCUCAGCUCUCAUCGCGUACCAAUGGGUCAACUGGGACAUCCAGGCAGAAUAUGACCCAAAGUGGGACUCCUUAUACCUUCAAAUUUGACACCAAUGGAGCGCUAUGGGCUCUAUCAGCAUCACCAGACUAUUCAAUGGUUGCAGUAGUGGGUCGCGAUGUGCUAAAGAUCCUUAGCGUCACAGAUACUGGGGCCGAGGAAACAAUCAACCUAAAGACUGUGGGGAUCCGGAACAAUUUUACAGGAAGCACGGAUGUCAAAUGGGGACCUACAACAGGUAGAGAUGCAAAAAUUGCGACAAUAGGCACAAACGGACCCAUCGUCAUUUGGGACGUUGGAACCCAUAACAAAAUCGAUCGAACUAUCAAGGAGCACACGAGAUCGGUCCAUCGGAUAUGUUUUUCACCACAGGAGCCGAAUUUACUUUUGAGCGCAUCAUCAGACUCAACAGUCCGUCUUUGGGACUUGCGCCUCCGCGGUAGGCCAGGAUUGGUGAUGGAAACAAAGGAUAUUGUUCGGGAGGUUCAGUUCAAUCCUGUAUCAGUGAACGAUAUUGUAGCUGGCUACGAGAGCGGGAAUAUACAGCGAUGGGACCUCCGGAACGUGAGCGCAAGCGAGAAAAAGUUUAUGGCGCACAUGGGAUUCGUAACAUCCCUCGAUUACCAUCCUAGCGGUCGCUUUUUGGCCAGCGGUGGCCGCGAUAGGACCAUUAAAGUCUGGGACAUGGACGACGAGAAGCGGAGGGAAAUCUACAUUAUACCCACCAUCCAGUAUACCUCGAAAGUGCAGUGGCGACCAAACCGGCCUUACCAUCUUGCUGCUAGUUUCAAAGACGAGUCCACAGUUCAAAUUUUUGAUGUCCGGCGACCGUUUGUACCCUUACAUGUCCUUACGCAGCACGACAAGGAUGCGACAGCUAUUCUCUGGAAGGACUCGGAUGUGCUCUGGACGGUGUCAAAGGACAAGACGUUCGCCUCUACUCUUAUAAAGGGUCAGACUCAAUCUGCCGAUUUGCUACCCAGCGGAAAGGCUGCCAUGAACUGCUAUGGACAAGUGGCGUUUACAGUUCUGAGCAAAGGUGCACUCGACUCAUUUGAAAAAGACCUCAUCGCACGGCCUGGACGGCCAAAUGCGAAAUCCAUGGCGCUUGAUGGGAGCUCAGAGGCAACUGUGUAUCGCACAAGGCAAACAGGAGGUGUCUUUGAUUGUGAGUUGUUUAACCACGAAUCAUUCAUAUACUGCGCUCAAAACUAUUCAACCGAGGCAGGCAAUGUUCGGAACGCAUGUGAACACAACUCAAAUAUUGCAUGGCAGGCCAACAAAUUUCGCGAUUCUCAAACCUGGACAGCCAUCAAGUUGUUCUAUAGCGAUAUGGCUGAGUCUGCUAUGGUCGUAUCUCAGGUCGAAGCUGCUUCAGCCGAAGUGACUACCACCAACAGGCCCAAGGACGGCCAACCAAAGGAUGAUGGAGAUGAGGACUCAGAUGAUCUGGAGAUGCACGUAUCUAGACCUGCUGUUCCCAGUUUAUUCGCCAUAAAGGUCUCUGAUGCGCCUAUAAAGCGGGAUUGGUCGCACAAGGAGACGAUCCGCAGCUUGCUGGAAUAUUACGCGGAGCAGGGCGAGGUGCAGAUGUGUGUUACCAUAUUACUUGUGCUUGCAGACGAGAAAGAUCUUCCAGAGUCCAGUCGCUCGCAACAGUGGUUUGGAUCCUACAUUGAUUUGCUGUCUCGAUUCAAGCUCUGGAGCAUCGCAACAGCCGUCUCGCAGGCCUGCAAGGACCCUAGCAUCCAUACGAUGAACCAGGACUCCACAACUAUUCACACAUCCUGCUCAAGCUGCAUGAAGCCCAUUUUGACCAGGGCACCUACGUCGACUGGAUUUUGGGCCUGCGAUCGAUGUCGCAAGGUCCUCAGUUCCUGCUCGAUCUGUCACAAGACUGUGCGAGGUAUCUUUACGUGGUGCACACAUUGCUCUCACGGAUUCCAUCUACAGCAUGCGCAGGAAUGGUUCUCGCAGUCUGCAGAGUGUCCAACCGGUUGCGGUCACCAAUGCUUUCCUGAGAUGUUCAAGAUUCAGCAGGAACAGGAGCAGCAGCAGCAACGCCAACUCCAGCAGCAGUUGCUACAACAACAAACGCCUGAUGAUGAUGCCGUACAUGACCUAUCCACAGCAUACCACCACCCGCGCCCUCAUCAUCCACUUCAGGAGCAGGCCUCCUAUCCCCCACAUAGUCAUUCACGGAUGGGCGAGGUUUUGGAAAAAGGAUCAUCCCCAUUACCCUAUGUAACUUACUCAGGCACCAAUUCCUUCAGUAAUAAAAUGUAAUUCCAUUA